GCUGCAAUGGAGGCGGGCGUGACAGCGGUCCUCCGCGUGAAGCGGAAACGCAGUGCGGAACCCGCUGAGGCACUUGUCCUCGCUUGUAAACGCCGCUGCCCCAGCGCAGUUGAGUCGGGAGCCCAAAAGACGCCUCCGGAGGAUCUGGAGAGAGCAGCAGAAAAUAAUGUCUUCCAGUUGGUGGCCACCGUGCGCUCCCAGGAGGAGCCAGUACAGCCGCUCGUGCGAGCCGCCCUGCGCCCGUCCCAGGGCAGCCAGCAGCGUAUCCGCCGUCAUCUCCGUGCGUCGGCUCGGGAGAUCCGGCAGAACGGCCGCUACAGGGUAGUCUCUAGCCGCCGAUCCUCGGGAAUUCCUUCGGGCGGCUUGGGGUCCGAGGACGCGCCGGGAAGCCCAGAAGCCGCCGAGGACGCAGGCUUCCAGCUGUUGGACCUGGUCCACGAGGAAGGAGACCCAGAGGCCGCCGCGAUCUCCUGCAAAACCUCUGACCCAGAUGUGAUCCUCUGCAAUUCUGUAGAGUUGAUCCGUGAGCGGUUGACUGUAUCUGAAGAUGGACCAAGAGUUGGGUACCAGGAGGAACAGAAGGACAACUAUGUGUAUGACAUUUACUAUUUGGACAUGGCCACUCCAGGAUGGAUUGAGAACAUCCUCUCUGUGCAGCCCUAUAGCCAAGAGUGGGAGUUGGUGAAUGAUGACCAACAACCAGAGGACAUUUAUGAAGAUGAAGAUGAUGAGAACAGUGAGAAUAAUUGGCGCAAUGAGUACCCAGAGGAGGAGAACAGUGACGGAGAUGAAGAUUCCAGAGUCUCUGAUGAUUACAACAGCCUCAGUGAAGAAGAAGGAGACAACAGAGGACCACAGAUGUGGAGCAAAUACCCUUUGGAUGUGCAGAAGGAGUUUGGCUAUGACAGCCCCCAUGACCUGGAUUCAGACUGAUGAUCCUGUGACAUCCCUGAGGUUCUACCACAAGCCCCUGAGGGUUCUGUGACUGCAGUGUCAGCCACACUAGUUAACAUCCUCUCGGGCUUCCUAGCUUAACACGUGGAAGGAAAAAGCAUAUCCAACAGCACCAUUCCACCAUGGUGAAAACUUGCACUAAGGGAGUGCGUCUUUUCUACUAUCUGUAGGGCCCCCCUUUGUCUCAGUCAAAACUGACCUUAGAGUCUGGGGGCGGGGGAGAUGCUGUGCAAGUGAAGCUUCCUGGCCCAGACAUCUUACCUGCAUUCCCAUUCUCCUCCUACGCCAAAGCCAAUUAAGGGGAAGAGCGUCUCCUGUUUUGUCAGCACUAAGACUGGGCUUUCCCAGGCCACCUGCCUCCAGUAAAGGGCUGUUUCUUUUGAUAGAGGGACUCUAGAAGGGCUGCAGUGGGUCCCUUGUAGCGGCACAGACUGGAUAGUAAUGGCCAUUAGGAAAGAAAGUAGAAUCUGCCUGAGCCAUGAGAGGUUUUAGUUAACAGCUAUCUCUACCUCCCUGCUUCCUGACUCUGAUAAUGGUUGUAAAGAUUGCUAGUUUCCUCUGGCAGUGGUGCCAAGGAACAGAGUAUGUAUGAAUCUCUUUAAUAAAAACUAACUUUGAA